AUGGCUAGUUUCUCACGGGGCAUCGCCCUGCUCCCUCUCCCGCUCCGAGCUCUCCCACGCCCGGCACACCCCGUCGGACCGUUGCGAUUCUUCACAACCUCCCCCCUCCGACUACGAGCACCGCCAUCGGCCUCCCCGUCUGUAAAAGUAGAAAAGAAACUACCGUCUAAACCUUCUCCCCCCAGAGGGAGCCCGACAACCGCCGCACCCUCCCGAUACGCAUUCAUCAAGAGCCUCUCGUCGAAGCAAACCCCCACGGUGCUGUACGAAGCUCCCUCCCACUUCUGGUUCUACUUUGGCUGCUGGUCCAGCGGCAUCUCCAUCCUCGCAUGGACGGCGCUCACGGGGCCGACGGUCGUCAAGCAGCCCGACGGCACGCCGCAGUGGGUAGGCUACGUGUUUGGCGCCUCGUACGUGCUCCUCGGCGCCAUGGGGUUCUACCUGCUCUCCAAGACGCCCAACAUCGUCAGCACGAUACGCGUAUUGCCGCCGGCCGUCUCUGCUGCCGGGGCCGCACACCCGCGGCUCGAGGUCACGGUGAAGCGCAUGCUGCCCGUCCUCAAGCCUAGGGCCAUCACCGCCUCCCUCGAAAACGUGUGCCUAAAGUCGAGAUUCUCCCUGCCGGAGGAAUACGUCCCCCAGUUGAAGCGGCUGGAGCUGAAGAUGAGGGAGGAGGAGCAGCGCCAGGCACUGCGCAAGUUUGACAUGGAGCAUCUCUUGACCAUGCCGUUCCGGAGGCUGGGCAGGGCGUUUGCCAACAUGUUUCGCGGGGUCAGGAGCGCGUGGACGGACAUGGGAUUUGGGGUUUUGAGGGUCGACGGGAAGGAGUACAAGGUUGAUGUCACAAAGGGGUUUGCGCACGAUGGGUUCAAGACACUGGAGCAGAUUGUGGCCGUGGGAUAUACAAAAUAG